GAAUUGAGUAAACUUUUCAGCCAACAGAACUUCGCAUGUCUGAAGACGGAAACUGCUAUUCUUUAAAUAUUGAUUAGCUUGAGCCUAAGCCAUGUUAUUGUCUUGGUCUGGUCUUCAGUGAUUCAACACCGAAUAGUGUUUUAGUGCACGCUACCGUUUAAUGCAUUGUAAAUCUAUCCUACAUUGACAAGGAAUGAAGCUAUAGUGAUAUUCACGAUCUUCGAAGCAUGCCGUAGAAUGAGAACAUGGAAAAUGAUCUAUAAAGUUUGAUUGUCUUGUCAGAGUUUCAUGUUUCAGUCGUUUAGAUUCUUUCAUCCUGUAUUGGAUCAUUACACAUUUUCGGUUGUGCGAGACGUCUGCGAUCUACCGACUAUAUAGCCUAUCACAGCUGGCAAACUGUAGAUACAUAUAGACUUGUAUAUAUAUAAUGACAUGGGCUCUCCUGGAGGAACAUCUUCGGAACGCUGAAGAACUUUCAUCAGAUGUAAUAGGACAGAUGUUCGUUUGUCUUCUGGCCAAUCAGAAUUUUUUUUUUUUGGAUUUGAACAAUCACCCUUUUAGUCAGUCAGUCACGAGAAAGAGACGUCACCUUUUGACCAAUCCGGAUCCAAGGACUUUCUAGCCAAUCAAAAGAUAGAUACGCCAUCUUCCAGCCAAUUGGAUUCAUUCCAAGUCAUUUCAAAGCCAGUCAGUUUGGAGGGACAUCAUCCUCUGACCAAUAAGAGCGCAGGAAACCAGUUAACUGACCAAUCAGAAGAAGGGAGCAAUUCUUCGUAAUAAAUGAAAUGGAGGAAUCAAAUGGACUGAAGAAGAAUGGAGACAUUGAACUUUCCAGUCAUCCAAACGGUAAAAAACAUGCCGAGGGUGCAGAGGAGAAAGAUGUUGCCAUGGCAACGCAGAAUGGCCACCACGACAAUGAAGACGUCGAGACAGGUUUAAUGGAGAACGGAGGCGGUCCUUCCCCCGCCCCUCACGAGCAGAAAGCAGCUGAGAUCCUCCGUAAUCUAAGGGGAGAGCUCAGUUAUGGGAUAGACGAUGUCCCUGCCUGGUACACCGCCAUAUUGCUUGGUUUUCAGCAUUACCUAACGAUGGUCGGGGCUACGGUCGCUGUCCCACUGUUUCUGAAAUCAGCAUUGUGUAUCGCUGAAGAUUACGUCACUGUAGCCGAACUCGUUGCCACAAUCUUCUUUGUCUCUGGCAUAGCAACAGUACUUCAGACCACGUUCGGCAGUCGACUACCAAUCGUACAAGGAGGAACAUUCUCUUUCUUGGCACCAACAUUUGCUAUCUUGAGUGUGAAAGGACCCUGUCCGCCUCCUCUACCUGUAAACGCCUCGGUAGAAGAGGUAGCGAACCAAACAGAGGUGUUUCAGAGUAGGAUCAGGGAGAUACAGGGGGACAUCAUGGUGGCAUCCCUCUUUCAGGUGGUGAUAGGGUUUACCGGGACCAUCGGCAUCAUGCUUCGUUUUAUUGGCCCCCUCUCCAUCACCCCUACCAUAUGUCUGAUAGGACUCGCCCUCUUCAAAGAGGCAGCGGACUUUGCGUCGGGCCAUUGGGGUAUUGCUUUCAUGACGAUGGCAUUGAUGACGAUAUUCUCGCAGUACAUCGCACGAUUUGGGGUUCCAUUCUUCCGCUACACUAAAGAAAAUAGAUGCCACUCUAAGAACGUCUUCAUCUUUAAACUAUUCCCGGUUAUUUUAGCCAUCCUAAUCUCUUGGAUCUUCUGUGCCAUCCUUACGGCCACGAACGUCUUUCCGACCGAGAGCGAUGACUACGGGUUCCAAGCCAGGACCGACACUCGACUUCAAGUUCUACAGGAGGCAUCGUGGUUUCGAGUUCCGUACCCCGGUCAAUGGGGUCUCCCUACCGUCACCGUCGCCGGAGUCUUCGGCAUGCUCGCCGGUGUCAUCGCCUCCAUGGUCGAAUCCGUGGGCGACUACUACGGCUGCGCACGUCUAGCUGGAGCCCCGCCCCCUCCCAACCAUGCAGUGAAUCGUGGGAUUGGUAUGGAAGGUAUCGCCUGCAUGAUCGCGGGGGCGAUCGGAUCGGGGAACGGAACGACGUCAUACAGUGAGAACAUUGGUGCUAUCGGAAUUACAAAGGUUGGUAGUCGCCGUGUGAUUCAAUAUGGAGCGAUCAUCAUGCUUGUUCUUGGAACAUUUACAAAGUUUAGCGCCAUCUUCGUUAUGAUACCUGACCCGAUAGUAGGUGGCAUGUUUUGUAUCAUGUUUGGAAUGGUGGCAGCGGUGGGAUUGUCCAACUUACAGUUCGUUGACCUCAACUCAUCUCGAAACCUAUUCAUUCUCGGAUUCUCUCUCUUCAUGGGUUUGUGUAUUCCAAACUGGAUGAAAUCGGGAAACAAUGAUCAGUACAUUAAAACUGGUUUGAGUGAGUUGGACCUGAUCAUAGUGGUACUGCUCAAGACUGGUAUGUUUGUGGGUGGAUUCUUUGGAUUCCUGCUUGACAACACGAUACCGGGAACUAAAAAGGAAAGAGGUAUCGGUGCUUGGCAGCGUUUCUCGGGAGGCGAUGAGGAGGAUGAUGCCGUUAACGAUCUCGUGUUUCGCUGCUACGAACUACCAUUCGGGAUGGCAUGGAUUCGAAGCAAAGAUUUCUUUUCGUAUUUGCCUUUCUCGCCUACCUUCAAAGGCUGGAGAUGUAGGGGAUGCUGUCAUUGCGGCAGACGAUCAGCGUUCUAUCGACUUGUGCCAGCUCGUUUCAGGUCAUCCGCCGAAGUGUAAAUUUGACCUUGCUGACGACAUCAGGUCAUCAGAGCCAUGUCUUGAUCACCUACCGCCAUUUUGUCUUCCAUCAAUGUGAUUUUCACCAUGUUCUGAACACUACACUGCCUUCAGUGGAAAAUGUGUAUAUAGUGAUGAUUUUUGUAUUAUUCCUUUUUGAAAUCUGCAUAAGAAAAUGAUUUUUAUUACCAACGACGUGGAGCGUCUUGGCCCAGUGGAUUAGUCUCCGGACUUUGAAACAGAGGGUCGUGGGUUCAAAUCCCAGCCAUGGCGUAAUUUCCUUCAGCAAGGAAUUCAUCCACAGUGUGCUGCACUCGACCCAGGUGACGUAAAUGGGUACCGGCAUGAAAUAAUUCCUCAAAAAGCUGUGUGCACCGAAAAGGUAGCCUAGCUUAGCCGGGUAAUAAUAGCAGGGCCCGCUGAGAGAACAGUUUUCGGAACUGAAGUGGCUACCCUGGGUAAAUAUACCUAUAUUAUUAUUAUUAUUAUUAUUAUUAUUACCAACCCAAUCAAAAUCCAAGAUGAUAACCCAAUUCCUAAACAGUCAUUUCUACAGUAUGACAAUUGUGAUUAAGAAAUUAUAGACACUCACUGUGAGGCUUUAUACAUUUUGAUUAUUCCCCUCAGUAACAAGACAUGUUACAGGGUUAAUUCGGGCUGGACAUGAUAUUUCAAUAAAUGGAGUUAAAAUCAAACGAGACAUUGUCAUUAAAAUCUGAUGAAAAAAAAUAAAGAGCUUCUGAAUUUCA